AUGCACGCGGGGUUCCUGGGCUUCUCCGCCCUGCUGCUGGCGGCGGAGCAGAGCGCGCGCCUCUGCACUGUAAUAUAUUACUUCAUCACUGGAAAGCUCCUUUGGGGAUGGCUGACCUUCUCUGCCCUGCUGCCUGGCUUCUUGGUCCAGGGCCUGAGCUAUCUGUGGUUUCGAUCAGAUGGAUAUCAAAGUAAUUGCUCUUUGGUAAUGCUGCACCUCCUACAGCUUGGUGUUUGGAAACGACACUGGGAUGCGACAACCGCUGCUCUGUCUAAGGAAUGGGCACCUCCCCGCCUGGGCCAGUUGCUGCUGCAGGAGGCCGACCUGUCAGCCCUCCGGCUCUUGGAGGCCCUGCUGCAGACCGGUCCCCACCUGCUGCUUCAAACAUACAUUUUUCUAGUCUCUGACUUCACAGAUGUUGUGUCUGGGGUGAGUGCUCUCUUCUCCUGGUCAUCGCUGUCGUGGGCUCUGGUGUCCUACACUCGUUUCAUGGGCUUCAUGAAGCCGGGUCACCUCUCCAUGCCCUGGGCAGCCCUCUUCUGUCAGCAGCUCUGGAGAAUGGGCAUGCUGGGAACCCGUGUCCUGAGUCUGGUCCUGUUUUACAAAGCUUACCGUGUCUGGGUUUUAGUUGUUGGAGGUGCUCACUGGCUGGUGAUGACAUUCUGGCUAGUGGCCCAGCAAAGUGACAUCAUAGACAGCACCUGCCAUUGGAGGCUGUUCAACCUGCUUGUCGGGGCCGUGUACAUCUUCUGCUACCUUAACUUCUGGGACAGCCCUUCCAGAAACAGGAUGGUCACAUUCUAUAUGAUAAUGCUGCUGGAGAACAUCGUCCUUUUGCUGUUAGCCACCUAUUUCCUCCAGGAGGCAUUGUGGAGCAGCCUGUGGAUGGUAGCUGCUGUCAUGUCUGGAUUUCUGAUUGGCAGCGUCUCGCUGAUAAUUUAUUACAGCCUGCUACACCCAAAGUCCACAGACAUCUGGCAGGGCUUUGUGAGGAAGUGCUGUGGCACUGCAGGUGGCGAUAAAGCAGAGAAAGAAUCUUCCCUCUGUGUUAAAGCCCCGGAGGGAGAGAGGUUGGAAGGCUCAGGCUUGGGCCCACUGGAAGGUUCUGAGGUGACACGUCUCGGGACAUCGCUCAGCCCAGAGUGGGGCCUUUCAGAGGCUUGUCUGGGAAGCCAGGCUGCCGAGGAGAACUCUGCCCUGGGACACCACCACUGGCUGUUUGUGAAACUUGCCUUAAAAACUGGAAAUGUGUCCAAGAUCAACGCAGCCUUUGGAGAUAACGGGAGUGGCUGCUUUUGCCCCACAGCUUGGCAAUCGAGUCAACACUACAACCCACAGAGAAAGCUUUUCUUUACCCAGCAAGAGUUCCCAUCAUCACCCCAAGACACCCAACCCUUGGGGAGAAGUUCUGAGGCUGAAAAUGCCCCAAAAGCAGAGGCCAAGCCUGUGGAGAUCUCAAGUUACAUCUCCUUCACCAGUGAUCGUCCUGACAGUGCACCUGCCCAGGACUUGUCAGCUACUCAGGCUGAGGGUGGCCUGACGGAAGGAGCUGUGGUUUUGCCGUCUGAAGCCAUAACCCUUGAGGCCCAGGGAAGGGACAAGACUGGUCAGGAAAGAGAAGGACAGGAAGACUCCACAGUAUACUUUAGUGCCAUCCUAGAAGGGGUGGCAUCCUCACACCAACAAGUUAGGGCAUCUCCACAGAUGUCUCACUCAGGGCAGAGGUUGGAGACCAGCAGCCCUACCCAACCUGCUCUGUCUCAGCCUGGUGCUAAAUCCUUUCCUGUCACCAUGGCUAAUAUUAGCCCCAUCCUAGGCAUUGGCCCAGGCAAAGCCUUGUGCCCCAGUAUUGGCUUCCCUGGAGGGUCCCCAGGCAGCUCGGAGUGUGGACCACAGCAGGAACUCUGGAGAGACCCAAAUCAUCAUGCUGCAGUCAGCGUGUGGAGGCUGUUGUCAAAGACUGGACGGCAGUCAGAGGAUGAACCCUGCCUCACGUCCACCCCUAAGUCUGAAGCCAUCCAAAGGGACUCCAGCCAGAAGGGAAGGCGGGAGCAAGAGAGGAGCUUCUUCAUCUAA